UUCCCACUGAAAAGAAUCAGCGGUGCUUGCAAGAAGUGCCGUGCGCUGGAUCCUGCGGGAAUUUUUUUCCCCUCCCUCCUCCAAUCCGCCCCCAUCCCUCUCUUCUGCCAGGCGUGCCGGCGCUGCUCUUCAUUUCUGGGAAACCAUGGACAAGAAGCAAGAUUCCAAAGGAUCCUUGGAGCCACACAAACCAGUGAAAGGCAAGAAGAAACGGGAUCUGAGGAUAACAUGUGUCCCCAUCAAACCACCCGUUGCCAACACAACGCCCCCAAGGAACCUGGACUCCAGGGCGUUCAUUACCAUUGGAGAUAAAAACUUCGAGGUGGAAGCUGAUGACCUGGUGACCAUUUCGGAGCUGGGCCGUGGGGCCUACGGCGUGGUGGAGAAGGUCCGGCACGCGCAGAGCGGCACCAUCAUGGCUGUGAAGAGAAUUCGAGCCACUGUGAACACUCAGGAGCAGAAGAGGUUGUUGAUGGACCUGGACAUCUCCAUGAGGACAGUUGACUGCUUCUACACAGUCACCUUCUACGGAGCCCUGUUCCGUGAGGGUGACGUGUGGAUCUGCAUGGAACUCAUGGACACCUCCCUAGAUAAAUUCUACAAGAAAGUACUGGAGAAGAAGAAAACCAUCCCUGAAGACAUUUUGGGGAAAAUGGCUGUGUCUAUUGUACGAGCUCUGGAGCACCUGCACAGUAAACUGUCUGUAAUCCAUAGAGACGUGAAACCUUCCAACGUGCUGAUCAACAAGGAGGGGCACGUGAAGAUGUGCGACUUUGGGAUCAGUGGUUACUUGGUGGACUCUGUUGCCAAGACCAUGGAUGCUGGCUGCAAACCUUACAUGGCUCCAGAAAGAAUAAACCCUGAGCUGAACCAGAAGGGCUACAACGUGAAGUCAGAUGUCUGGAGCCUUGGGAUCACAAUGAUUGAACUGGCCAUUCUCCGCUUCCCAUACGAGUCCUGGGGGACGCCCUUCCAGCAGCUCAAGCAGGUGGUGGAGGAGCCCUCGCCCCAGCUGCCACCUGAACGCUUCUCCAAGGAGUUUGUGGACUUCACAGCACAGUGCUUAAGGAAGAACCCAGCUGAGCGAAUGAACUAUUUAGAACUCAUGGAACACCCUUUCUUUACCUUGCACAACACCAAAGAGACUGACAUGGCCUCCUUCGUGACAGAGAUCCUCGGGGAAGACUCCUAACUCCCAGCUUCCUGCAGUCCCUCCAUCCCGGCUGCCCUGCAGGAGAGGGAGCAAGGACUCAGUUCAUGGUGGUUUGCACAAAUCACAAAUCGCCCUGGGGGCAUCUCUGGCCCCAUCCAGCCUCAAAAUCUCUUCUCUUUGCCCUGAGAAAAAAAUCCCCCAGGAGGAGCCUUUUGAAGCCAACACCUUCCCAGCUAAGCCAAGGACUCUGAAGGCUCAGGAGGUCCUGGGAGAGGAGCAGUGCCUGAGCAGGCAGAGGGUGCCAGAGGCAACCUCCCCUCUCCAGUACUCAGUGCAGAGCACAGGGGGUUGUGUUUCUUGGCUGUCAGGGGAAGACAGGGAGGAUCAGUGCUGCUGUGCUUCCCCCACUCCUCCCCUGCCUGCCCAAAGCCCCUUCCCUGGAGUCUGGUCUCACUCGCCUUCCCUCAGUGCCUGGCUCUCUGCCCCCAGGAGCCCACACAGCUUUGGGAGCUCCUGGGGCUCCCUGGGCUGCUGCUUUGUUUUAAUGCCUGGCUUGACACCUGAAGGACCCUUUGAGGCAGCAGCAGCAGCUCGGGCAUCCCUCCCUCAGUCAGUGCUGCUCCCUUGAGGGGGGGAGGAAAGAAAAGGCAUUUUUCCAUGAGCCCACCGUGACACAAACUGCAGCCCACACCCGUGGGACUGCCCCCAGCAUCCAUCCCUUCCCUCGUGGGCACAAGGUGAUGGAGGCACAGCAGAUGCCCUGUGCUGCCUCUCUUCCCUCCAGCCCCGGGCUGGGAGGACACAUCCCUGCUCCAGGCAUCGCCUUCCGCAGCCCUGGCUGCCUCCACCUGCCCUGGCUCCCUGAGAAGACGCUGCUCCAUCUGCUUUCCAACCUGGAGCUGCUGUCAGACCUCUCACUGUGACACCCGCUCGUUGCAGAGGCUGAACUCGCACCCCUCGUGUCCCCAAGUGUCCCCAGGUGUCCCCAACUCCUGCGGGUGCCAGCGAGAGCCAAACCCCAGUGCCCGGCCCGGGGCUGCCGACAGCUGUACAUUUGAUAUCUAUAUAUAAUGGACUUUGUAACGUGUUUCCUAGGUUUGAUCUAACUCGCUAUAAAUUAAAGCCCUUCUGUGUGGGAGGAGGGAGGAGCAGUUCCUUCUCUGCUGACAAAUCCACUGUGAAAACCUGAUGUGUUUCCCCACGCUCCCAGCCUGAGGAGCCAGGGGAGCAGGAGGGGUUUCUGGCUUCUACUGUACGUGAUCAUGGAUAAAUGCACCAGCUGUGGAUUUUG